UUGCGAGCCUGCCUCUUUUUAAAGACUUUAUACUAAUUUGAAAAACAAAAUAACCUACUUUACCCUAGAUAUUUCCCUAGAUAUUCAGUUAAACGAUAGACAGCAAAGGCUACACAGCUCAGUGAUGGGGGAAAAUCCUAAAAUUGUGGUACUAGGUGCGGGGCUUGCUGGAAUAGGAGCAGCCACUAAACUGCUAAGUCUGGGAUUCAAAGAUGUCACAAUAAUUGAGGCAUCUGGAGUAGCUGGAGGGAGAAUAGCUAAGGCGUGUCUUGGCACGUCCUGGGUGGAUACAGGAGCUCAGUGGAUCCACGGAGCCUCGGAGGCGAACCCAGUGUACUCCCUGCUGCAGCAGCAGGGCCUGCUGGAGGAUGUAGUGACUGAGGAGGGCACUGAGCUCGUGUUCCACAGCAAGGGCCACAGACUCAGCGAGUACCUGGCCAGCCAUGUGUACGAGGCUGGGGAAGGCAUCAUGAGACAACAGCACCAGGGGAACCAGGGGAAGAACAUCGGUGACUACUACGCUGAGAAAUCUCUCGGUCUAGCCAACAACUUGAGGAGCAGUGGAGAGGCUAAACAAGAAGAUAUACUAAAUAUUCUGUCUCUGGUGGGUAAGAGCCUUCUGAUAGACAUUGGUGCGCCUGCCCUCAACAGUGUGUCACUUGACUCUUGGCAGUACUACACCAACAUGGGUGAGGACCUCAACAUUGAGGGGAAAAUGUUUCUCUUGACUGAAAAACUGUUGGGAGACUUCCCUAAGGAAAGGCUGCUCUUGCGUAAAGCUGUGCUGAAGAUUAACUGGGAUGGCUGUUUCAGUGGAGAUGAGAGUCGCAUCUACCCUGUCUGCAUUGAGUGUGAAAAUGGGGACAAGUUUCUUUGUGAUCAUGUUGUGAUUACCGUCUCACUUGGCUGCUUGAAAGCUGCACCACCAACCAUGUUUGACCCUCAGCUCCCAGAGGACAAGAGGGAGACCAUAGAGAAGCUUGGCUUUGGCUGCAUCAACAAGAUCUUCCUGCAGUAUGAGGAGGCUUUCUGGGAAAGGGAUGUGGAGAGCAUCAGCCUACUGUGGGAGAAUGAGACCCCAGCUUCCUUAUCCACAGAUGCCACCCAGUGGCAGAGAAAUAUACAGCUUUUCACCGUCAUGAGACCAAGGGAGAAGUUUGGUCAUGUUCUGAUUGGCUGGUGCUCGGGAAAUGUUGCACGGCACAUUGAAACUCUGACAGAGGCUCAACUCUCUGCAGCCAUCACCUGUAACUUCAGGAUGUUCAUGAGUAACCCUUGCAUUCCCUGUCCUAAGAGGGUUUUACGCACACAAUGGCAUAGUGAGGCAUUCAUUAGGGGUGCAUACACUUAUAUCCCAGCUGGCGUGGAUGCUGUGAUCAUGGACAAGUUGGCUCAUCCCUUAUCAAGCCGGAAAAGCCCCACAGAGGAUCUGCAGGUACUCUUUGCUGGGGAGGCCACAAUGAAAAACCUGUAUGGAACAGUACAGGGGGCUUUGCUCUCUGGCUACAGGGAGGCAGAGAGGCUGUCUCUGCAUUAUGGAAGACCAGCACCUGCAUCAACUCCAUCUUCAUCUCCUCUGGCAACAUAACUGAACCUGCAUCAACUCCAUCUUCAUCUCCUCUGGCAACAUAACUGCACCUGCAUCAACUCCAUCUUCAUCUCCUCUGGCAACAUAACUGCACCUGCAUCAACUCCAUCUUCAUCUCCUCUGGCAACAUAAUAACUCUUCCCAUUCCAAAGUUGGCUGUCCCAUGAGACUAUUGGCAUCUAUUUUGCUUGUAUGUUUUUUUGAUCCUGGCAAAAGACACAGUAACCAAUAGCAAAUAGCUAUACAUCCCUUCAGUGCAAUGUUGGUGAUUUGCUUGAAUGGAGUGUUAAAUUACUGAGCUGUUUUGUUUUGAGUGUACACAUAAAAUGGUCAGGUACAGAAGCGUGAGGAGAAAUUCACAGAAUCUGACAAAAGUGUGGAACCGCUUAAUAUCCCCUGUAAUGUAAAAAUAAUGUUUGCUUCAUUUCUGUUGCAUUUGUGGGUAUGUUACAUAUUAAUCAAUAAUCAUCAGUUUCUAAAAAAAAAAAAUGUUGUAUUACAGUGUGAUAAUGUUUUGUAUGUUAGGCCUACUUUGCUUUUUAAACAGAAAGACAAAACAUGUCCUUCGGUUGUAGCCUAUUGAGAAAACAUUCAGAUCAUUGUCAAUACAACCUGAAAGACAAAGCUACUCAUCAAUAUCUAGCUCUGGCUCAGAUCAUAGUUUAAUCUAUUUGUUAUUUGCAACUGCUUGACAUAAUUGUAUAAUGGU